GUGGGGGGGAAAGGAAGGAGGGGGACAAACCUCUUUUUGGAACUAACUCAUGAAGAACAAGGGAGGAAAGCCGAAACUCAAAAGGAAAGGAGCCACAAGCGUAUUUGGCUGUGAUCUGACGGAAUAUCUUGAGAGCUCUGGACAAGAUGUUCCACCAGUUCUGAAGAGCUGCUCAGAGUUCAUAGAGACUCACGGCAUUGUGGAUGGAAUUUACCGGCUUUCUGGAGUGACCUCCAACAUUCAGAAACUAAGGCAAGAGUUUGCCUCUGACCAGUGUCCAGACCUGACAAGGGAAAUUUACCUCCAGGACAUUCACUGUGUGGGGUCACUUUGCAAGUUAUACUUCCGGGAGCUACCCAAUCCCCUCCUCACUUAUGAACUUUACAAGAAAUUCACGGAGGCAGUCUCAAGUUGUCCGGAGGAAGAGCAACUGGUCCAAAUUCAGAAUGCCAUCCAGGAACUUCCUCCGUCUCAUUACAGGACACUGGAAUACCUGAUCAAGCACUUGUCUCAUCUAGCAUCCUUCAGCAGCAUGACCAACAUGCACACCAGGAACUUGGCCUUGGUGUGGGCCCCUAACCUGCUCAGGUCAAAGGAGAUUGAGGCUGUGGGAUGCAAUGGAGAUGCAGCUUUCCUGGAGGUGCGGGUCCAACAGUUGGUGAUUGAGUUUAUCUUGAACCACACGGAUGAACUCUUUAAUGACUGUGGCUCUGUCAGACCAAAGGAGACUGAGGAGAACAAGCCCAUUGUGAAGAGCUUGACGCUGCCUUCCACUUCUCUUCCCAUGAAGCUGGUGAGCCUGGAAGAAGCUCAGGCCCGAAGCCUGUCAGCUUGCCACCCUGCCCGCAAGGAGAGGAGGGAGAACAGUUUGCCUGAAAUUGUCCCUGUCACGGGCUCUUUCUUUCAUACUGUACUUGACCUACCAGAUGGCAAGAGAAAAUUAUCUACGAAAUCCAAGAAAUGGAAGUCCAUUUUCAACCUGGGCCGGUCUGGAUCAGAAUCCAAAUCGAAACUGAGCCGAAAUGGGAGUGUGUUUGUGCGAGGGCAGAAGCUGUUGGAAAAAGCAACCAUUCGGCCAGCCAAAAGCAUGGACUCGCUGUGUUCGCUUCCUGUUGGAGGAGAUGAUGAAAAAAGCCGCUUCAAGCGCACAGCCGCGGCUGGAGGGUUUUUCGUUCCAUUGACAAAACCGCGGAUGGGAGGGCCAGGUGGCCCUUCUGAUCUAAGCAGGUUGGAGAGUGAAUGGGCUCCACAGGCUGCCGUGAAAGGGGCAGAGGGGGGCACAGAGGACAGAGGAGACAAAGACGCUUCUCAGCCAACCCAAAUCAGGCCCCUCCCUGAGCAGCUGAAAGUCUUCCGGCCCACAGAAGACCUGGAGGGUGAACAGACCUCCCCAAAGAUGUGCCGCAUGUUCUACACUUCCAAUGAUGGGGCUACCAAAUCAGGAUUCCAUGGGACUCUCUUCCCCCUGGAGGCCUCCCCCCGGCACCAGCACAAAGCCUUGAAUAUCUCAGAGCCCUUUGCAGUUUCAGUGCCCCUUCGGGUGUCUGCUGUCAUCAGUAUCAACAGUACCCCCUGCCGCUCGCCUAAAAAGGAAAAGGCUGUUCUCUCCAGUCUGCAAGAAUCUUCUUUCUUGGGGUUAGACAGUGCCAUUUCUACAGUCCUAGAAGGAGCUAAGCCAGAACAUACUACAGUCAAGGAAGAAAAGAAGGUGGAGCCCAAAGCAGAAGCAGAUGUUACCAAUGAAAAAAUAAUGCCCACUCAGAAGCCUGAAUCCUUAGGUAUUCUUCAGCCAGCAAUCACAAUCCAAGAGAUAAAGAGCAGUGUCAAGAGCUCAGCUUCAGGAGAAAAACGUAGCCAGGAACAGAAACCCCCAGCAGAUGGAGAUGAAGCCAGUCAGCUGAAAAUGAAGAACAGGCCAGGACAAGACUCUUGGCAGCAGGAAGGGCCAAGCAGUCAAGUGGAGGACUCCCCACUUCUAAGGGAGCUGGUUGAUGACCAUCAUUCCAAUGCUGUAAUGGAACCGCUGUGGCCAGAAAUUCAACAGGAGCUGAAAAUCGUUGAGUCUGAAGAGGAGACAUCAGUCCCACUGGCACUUGCUCCAGAAAAAAACCAGAAACAGAAAGAAUUUAAACACAGCCCUGUAUCCCUUUCAUCCCCAGAAGCAAACAGCUUACCAUGUAGUUUGGUGCUACCUCCAACACCAUCUGAAGAGAACAUGAUCCAAACCCUACCAGCUGUACAUCACGUUUCUUUGUUUAGUGGCUCUUCCAGAGCAGCAACAGAGUCACCUGCCUGGGGCUCCAAACUGCUCAGUGAUGCUUCUUCCACCUUACUAAAACUGGAAAAUGUGCCACAUGAACUACCUUGUCCAAAACAAUGUCUGGAAGAAGUGGAGACCAGAAAUGACCUUCCUUCUCAGUUUCAAGACUGGAAGCUUUCAUUAGAAUUACAAGAGAACAUAACUCUUUCAAGAGAUAAGUCAUCACAUUUCAAAGAAAAGCUUGUAGACCAAUCAGAGUGGGAAAAUAAUACUGUGUUUUGUCAAAGACAGAAGGAAGGUGCUGCUGUAACUCAGACAGAGAAAGCUGAUAAAGCAUUUUCAGAUCAAAGGGAUCCAGACCAUUUAAGUAAUAUUGGAGUCCACCAGCUCAAAGAGGGCAUUACAAGUGAUCAAACCCAAGACUUUCUGGACCAGCAAGAUGAUGACACAUGGACAGACCAUGUGCAGAGCUUAGAGUUGGUGGAGCCAUGGGAAGAUCACCAGUGGGUCACUAGUCCUCUCCAUUCUCCCACCUUUAAGGACACUCAAGGAGAGAUGCUUCACAAGUUUCAGACACCAGGCCAAGGAAUGGGCAGGACCCAUUUCAAGAAGCCUUUUUUCAGUCGUAGCUUUUCCUUAGACAGCAAGGACUCUGUGAAGAGGCACUGGGCUGUCCAGGUGCCUUUCAAAAGUACAGGUGAGGAGCAUCUUCAUGAGGUCUUCCUCUCAGGGAUCAAAGAGCCCUCCCAAGCACUGUGGAAAGGAAGUGACAGAGUAGAAGCUUGGCUGAAUCUUUCAGAGAAGGCUUCCAAGCCAGAUGAAUCCAGCAGGAGACCUCUGAGCCAUGAAGCAGGCUUCACAGCUAGAGAACUGCCACCUGAGCAUGAAGGACUGUACCCUGACACUCAUAAAGUAUCAGAGGAGAAGGAAACAUAUGAGGACAAAGACCACCAGGAAGUUUUAAAGCUUAAGUCUCCUUUGCUGCAGUUUACUUCUGAAGAGAGCUUAAGUUCAAGCAGUCCAGAAAAAGGUGCAUCCAGAGUUCAGCAGGCUAGUGGCACUGGAACGACUGUCAUCAAAGAUCUAGGCUGUGCCAAAGAAUUACAGAGCAGUAAAAAUGAAGGUGUCUCGCGGAAAGAGAAACCAAGGCCCACUUCUCUAAAUCUGGAAUCUGUUCUCCCAACUGCCAAUCUUUUUAACUUUGAGAGUCUUUCUGUGCCCACGCCACCUGGGAACAUGGUCUGUGGCCCAAAAGAGAUUAGGGGCAGUGAUUCUGUCCCAUCAUUACCUGUUGCCUGCCCAAACAAGGAUAAAGCAGAUCUUUGGGGUUCUCAUUUUGAUCACCAAGACCUAGACCUAGAUUAUAUCAUGAUGGCUCAUGCUGCUACUGGGCGCCGUAACUCAGCUCCAGUGAGUGUCUCAGCAGUGAGAACAUCCUUCAUGGUUAAGAUGUGCCAGGCUAGAGCUGUGCCAGUUAUACCACCUAAGAUUCAGUACACUCAGGUCCCCCAGCCUCUGCAGACACAGAACCCCAACUGCAAGGCUCAAGAAAACAAGGAAGCAGAAGCCAAUGCAGGCCAACGCAAGCCAACUCCAAAUGCUCAUGGUCAGUUGCAGCUCCCAAAGAGUCCACAGGGAGACAGAAAAGGGAAAGAAAAUAACAGCAUGACCUUUAUGGAUUCAGCAACAACUGGAAAGGUAGAACCACCCCUCUCAAAUCAUAAUUCCAUCCAGGAUGUACCAAUUCUUCGCCGAAAGCGUACUUCUGAAGGAGAGACUACCACGGACAACCCGCAGUGCUCAAAAAUGGAGAGGCCAUCAGGGGUUUCCAAGCCUUCAUACAGAUCUAGGCCAGGGAGACCACAGAGCCUUAUCCUAUUCAGUCCUCCCUUCCCCAUCAUGGACCAUCCAUCUUCCUCUGCAGACUCCAGGGUGUUACUUUCUCCCAUAAGAAGCCCCUCACAAACCACAUCUCCAGGUCUUGUUUCUAAUGAUUUGUCAGGGACAAACCCGGAGGGGGUCACUCUUCGGAACAAGAUGACUAUUCCCAAGAAUGGCCAGAGACUAGAGACUUCCACAAGCUGUUUUUACCAACCCCAGAGGAGGUCUGUGAUUCUGGAUGGGAGAAGCGUGAGGCAGAUAGAAUAAUGCCCACUCACUGUCACUUCUCUUCCCUGGUGGAUGAGAUGAGAGUGGUCACACUGAGAUCCACAAUGAUGACACUGUUAUUAUCCCUCUACUAUAUAUAAAAAAACUUGCUUGCCAAUUCCCAGCUACCCUUAUUUUACAGCUAGUCAUUUUGAAUUGAUAGGCAGAGCAUUCUGUGGGUUUGGCCUCCUGUCUACGUGGACAAAGGGCGUGUCAGUGAAAGUAGCAUUCUGCAUCAAAUGAAAUAGCAGUUGGCCCUUGUUUCCUCAGCCACAGACUCCCCCUCAUCUCCCAGCUUCUCAGCAACAUUCCAGCAGUAGAUAAGGACCACAGGGGUCAUCUCAACAAUACUGACUCCUGUUUGAUCAUGAUUGGGUAGUAGUCCUGCAAUCCCAAUCAGCAUCUUCUUUCACUUGCUUAUGUACAAAUUUAUAAGGA